CAUCAUCCUACAAGAGAAGGACAAACUCCACGAGUAGCAGCUGAAAUCUGUGUGACUGUUAAAGAUGGAGUUUAUGAAAGAGGAGAUUGAAGACAUGAGUGAUCCAGAACCAUCCAGAAUAAAACAUAAAGAUGCUGAGCAACAAACAGACUGGAUGGAAGUGAAGCAAGAACAUAAACUGGAUGAAGUUAAGGAGGAACAUUGUGAUUUCAAAACUCAAAAAGAAAAAGCCAAAACACAGCACACCUGCUCUCAGUGUGCAAAGAGUUUUUCUCAAGCAUCAAAUCUCAGGAAUCAUCUGCGCAUUCACUCUGGAGAAAAACCAUUCAACUGUGAUCUGUGUGGUAAAGGUUUUCAUUCAUCAUCAGAUCUAAAAAAACACCUGAAAGUUCAUUCAGAUGAAAGACCUCACAUGUGUUCUGUCUGUGGAAAGAGUUUUUCAAGGCUGGAUCAUUUUAAACAGCACCAGAAAACACAUAAUGAAGUGAGAGAUCAUGUGUGUGACUGUGGGAAGAGCUUUACUACAUCGGGUGAACUGAAACUGCACCAAAGAACUCAUACUGGAGAAAAACCUUACAAGUGCUCAUAUUGUGACAAGAGUUUCACUCAGUCUGGACACUUGAAAUCACACGAGCGACUUCAUACUGGAGAGAAGCCAUACUACUGUACUGAGUGUGAGAAAAGUUUCAAAGAUGCAGCAAAUCUCAGUGUUCAUCUGCACAUGCACUCUGGAGAAAAAACAUUUAACUGUGAUCAGUGUGGGAAAGAUUUUAAUUCAUCAUCAUAUCUCAAAAAACACCUGAGAGUUCAUUCAGAUGAGAAGCCUCACAUGUGUUCUUUCUGUGGAAAGAGUUUUUCAAGACUGGAAAGUUGUAAACGGCACCAGAAAACACAUAAUGAUGUGCGAGAUCAUGUGUGCUGUGACUGUGGGAAGAGAUUUGCUACAUCUGGUGAACUGAAACGACACCAAAGAAUUCAUACGGGAGACAAACCUCACAAGUGCUCAUAUUGUGACAAGAGUUUCACUCAGUCUGGAACCCUGAAAACACACGAGCGAGUUCAUACUGGAGAGAAGCCGUACGACUGCACUCAGUGUGAGAAGAGUUUUAGACAUUUACCAAGCUUUCUCACACAUAUGAAAAAAUGUCGUGAGCACCAUUUGUUUUCAUGUAAAAUGCCUCAUAAGUAAACAGUGUGCGAUAAAAUAUGGUGUUUUUCCAAAAAGUUUAACUUGUUUAAUUUUGUUAGUUUGGUGAAAACUAGAAAGGCUUAAGAGUUGAAGCUUCACCGGUGAACAACUCUUAGUGUAAAUAAAAUAAUUUUAGCUGAUUUUUUCUGUCAGGGUGAAUUGUGUGCUAAAUAGGUCUUAUUUUAAUUAAAUAUAUUUAUGUAAUUUAAUUGUUUACUAAGUGUAAUAUAUUGUGUUCUGAUAGUUCAUGCAAUUAUUAGAAAUAAAACAGAAACAACAUCUUGUGUUGAUUGAUCUAUUUAAUGAACACGACUAAUGAGUUAUAUAGUUUUAAUCACAUUAAUGAUCUUUUCAUCAUUCUAUCUUAAUACUGUUAUAAAUAAGUUUGGGAUGUACAGUAUUAUUGUCAAGCAAAUGAUCAGGUCUUGUAUCAUACAAAGAGGCUGGAGUUCAUUUUUAUCCUUCAUUAUUGACUGCUUAAGAUCAAUAAAGUACCAACGCUUCAGUUUACCAGA